AUUAACACAAGUGAACAGAUUCACUAGAUUUCGACAAAUGAAAUUGUAGAUAAUCUAGUGCCUAUAACCUCACUUUUGUGUUGAUUGAUCCCCGAGCCUGUGAUUGGCCGAGUUCUUUUACGCCAUACGCUGCUCCAUGGACUCCAUCCUUAUGAAUCGAUUUUAGAUUGGCAAUACUUUUAAACUCCGUUUUAAACAGUUUGCAUCGGGAAACGAUCGUUUUUGACAAGAUGAAUAAUUGCAGCUGCGAGAAAAAACGUCUCUCCUAGGCGUUUCUGGCGAAAUAACCGCGUAUUAACAGCGUAUCACGGACAAUAAAGAUUUUGUAUUAUUAAGAUUAUUCGGUGAUGCUCGGUAAAAGGGAAAGCAACGAUUGCCGCGUGAUCACGAGUCGCGAGGAUCGAACGAUCGUCACUGAUUCAGGGAAUAGUUGAUGUUUGUGUUAGUCGUAUAUACAAUUGUGAUGUCACAUAACACGGUUUUUCUUCGUUCCGUAAUAAUAUAAACAAUGCGGUAGUCAUAAUGUAUUUAUCCAAUUGCAACAACAAUGACGUGAGGUUACGUUAUUUCGUCAUCUUAUAAGUUGGUGAUCUCCAAGCUCUUUUGUAAUAAUCAAUUGUACAAAUUGUACCGUCGACCGUAUUGUCGAUUGUAUACAUCUCGCGAGGAUGAGCAGGGACGUGGAAUAUAAUGUCGCUACUAGAUACCGAACGGUCAGGAAGCACCUGGACAACCUGGGAUACAAGCAGGCGCUGUCCUUGGACGCUCUACCUCUGAUAGAGGCCUUGCUGGCCGAUCUCGUACAAACCACGGACAGUCUCGAGCACUUCAAAGCCGUUGCUCGGGAGAACGUCGAGGCAUGCAGCCAGUUGCAAUUGACAGUUGACCCGUACAAAUGUGAUAAUGCGCGAUUGGUGCGAGAGUGCAACCAGCUUCACUCGGAUCUGAUAGAAACUAAGGAAGCGCAUCAGAAGCAGGUCAAGGAUCUCAAGAGGCAGAUAUACAAGUUGGAAUGUGAGUGCAACGAUCUGCAAUUGGCAUCCUCGCGUAAUAUAUAUAAGAUAAAGGAGCUGGAGGCAGAGUCAGCCGCCAAGUCUAAGAAGAUAUUGGAGCUCCAGGGCAAGUGCCUAAAGCCAACUGUCAUUAAUGUUGGUUUUGCUGCUAAGAAGCGUCCCAGCUUUCCUCUUCGAAGACCAGUCUUGGAAGCUGAGCCGAUGCCAAAGGCAAGAAGCAGCGGUUCACUGCCCAAAUUAAGUAGCGUGGAUCCUAAGAUAAUAGAUGUAAUAAGCAUGGCGGAUCACAAAAUGAAUUGCUUGAGUCAGGAGGUAACAAAAUUGCGAGCGGACCUUUUAUUGCAAACUGAUACCAUAGAGACCCUUGAGAAACAGCUGACCACAAAGGAGAGAGAAAUAAUUCGACUGAGAAAAAUGCUGGAGGAUGGUCACUCCUACGUUCCAGUUGGCAGGGACUGCACUUGCAGGAAAAUGGAAAAGAAAGCUGGUGUUACCUACGGUGACGGUACGGAGAUUAAUGAAGUGAGGAUUCUCCAACAGGCCAAAUUGGAACUGGAACAGCAACUAAAAGAAUCUCUAAAUAAGCAACACGAUGCCAUGUCUCAGGCAAUGAAACUAGCAGCACGAAAUGAGGAACUGGAGAAAGAAUUAAGAGAUAUAGAUCACGUUGCGUUAGCUGUAGAAGCCGACUGCAAUUCUACGGUUAAAGAGAAUAACAGAAGAGUUUGUAGGCUCCAGGGAAAGUUGGAGGAUGUCAUGAUGCAGGUACAUGUCUUAGAGCGCGAGUUAACCGUAGAACGUAGAGAGGUACAAGAGUUGAGAGCAGAUCUAGAAGCAUGUAGGCUCGAAAAACGUAAUGUUCAACGUACUCUAGAAUCUACAUUGGACGAAAAGAAACAGAUGUCUGACAGGAUCAACCAACUAACGGUCAUUGAAAAAAGUUUAAAUAAUGAAAUGAAAAGACUGAGUCAAGAAAACGAGUUCCAAAGACAAGAUAUUGAUCAGUUGCAAUUUACUAAUAAAAUAUUAGAAGAAUAUAUACAUAAAAAGAAUAUUGAGCUAAGUAACGAAGGGAAUGAUCAGAUGCGAGCAAAAGAAAAGGGGGAAAAGAAUGAUCAGAAUAAUGGGAUGAAAAUGUCGAAGAAAAAAAAUGCACAUAAAAAUAACAACAGUGAGAAAUGUGAUAUGGAUUAUCAGACAGCGGCUAGAGAAAUUAUAAUAGAUACAAAUAACUUUGAUGUGCAAAAACGGAUUGACGAAGCAAAUUUGAAAAUUGCAUCUCUACAACACACAAUUCAGCGAUUGGAAAUGGAACGAGAUCACUAUAGGAAAGAAUAUAUUAAUUGUCGGGACGAGCAGCGCAGAACAUUUGACAAAGAUAACGCUGAUUUGUGGGCACAAGUUUGUGAAUUAAAACGUGAGUUAAUUGAUAAGGAACAAGUUUUGAGCAAAAUGCAUCAGGAGAAGGAAGAACUGUGUCAUGAAAAGGAGGAUCUAGAAGCACGCUUGCAAACUUACAAGGGUCAACAGAGACAGAUGUGUAUUCCGUGCAGAUCGUGCAGCUUGUGCAAACCCGUCCGUAUUUGUUCCUGUGCUUCUGGCUCGCCAAUAUCUACUGGAGACAUCAGCGCAACGAAGGCAAUGCUCGAACGUCUGGAACGAGAGCGGGAUACGGCCAGAGCGGAUGUUGAGCGACUGAUAGAGGAACGCGAUGCAUUACGGGAGAGACUCAAGAUGAUGUCGGAUACGCACGUGUGCGAACAACUUCGUCUUAAGGAAAGUUUAGUCGAGGCGGAAAAUCGCUUGAAACAUAUGGAAAAAGAACGGCAAGAUCUGUUGGUCACUCAGGGCACGAGAAGAGCGGCGUUAAACGGUCUCGAGGAUCAGUUAGGCGACGUGCAAGAAGAACUGCGCCGUACAAAGCAGGAAUUGAUGGCACAACGGACGCAAUAUUUCCAACUACGGACGUUACAAGAUCAAACGGAUCAAGCACUUGGAGACGCGCAGGGUCAACUAUCGCGGGCAGAAUCGGAUUUGAACAAGGCUAUGGAUCGUAACAGAAGUAUGGAGCAGCAACAGGUGCAGUUGAACGAUCAAAUCAAGGAGUUGAAGCAAGAAAUAAAUACAUUGCGUUCGAGCAUGACGCUCUUGGACCAAGAGAAAGAUCGGCUAUUGAUGGCAUUGGACGAAAAGACAGAGAAGAUCGCCGCGUUGGAACGAGAACUGAUGCACAAGGAUCAACAGACAGAGGGAGUGCAACAACAAAUCCGCGAUUUACAGCAUAAAAAUGAAUACAGGUUGUAUUAUACGAUUACGUGAAAUAUCUCACCUAAC